GUUUCCCUGCUGUUCCCCUGCACUGUCCACCUCUUCCUGCCACCUCCAGACCUCCCACCGGACCAGAGUCGGACUUAGGCCCCCGUUGACUCCUCAGGUUACAGCAGCACUUCCCUCCCAGUCCCUUCAACAUUCAGGCCGGAAAGCUGGGCCCAUUGCAGGUGUCUCAUUACCACUUCUAUGGCAGCCCCAUGCCUGGGAACCUGCCUGCUUCCUCCUCCUCAAGCCUCCCAGGCAAGGUCCUCCUGGAAGCAGCUCCUGUUAUCACAUUUUGUAACUAGAACUGACAGCACUGCCCCCUCCCUACCUCACCAGGAAAGCAUCAGGGACUGAAGAGCCUCCCAGGACAGGCAGGAGCCUCCUCCCAGCAGCACCAGUCAGGAAGCAUCACCAUAGCAACCCUAGCAGCAAACAAUGGUACCAGAAAGGGCUUUUCCCCAAAGCCUCCCCUCCUGGCUCUGUGGCUCAGAGGAAGAAUGGCCAGCAGCUGGAAAAGAUCACCCCAAAGGCCAUCCGUGAAAGAUGUAUCUCAUGUCAGGGAGCCUUUCCUGCAGAUGGUCCAUGCCAGAGAAUCCUUCCCCACCUACCAGACUUGGACUCAGCGUGAGUUCCUCCUGCCUAAAAAGGCAAAGGAGUUGCCAGGCUUCACCCAGCAAGCCUACCACAAGCUGGCCCUGAAGCAGCCACCACACACAGAGAUGAGGUCUAAAGUCCAUCACCAGGCGCUCUACCCUUGGAAGGAUGCAGCCCAGCAUACCUGGGGCUUUCACACAUGGCUUGAUGUGGGACGUCUGCCUGCCACCUUCCCCACCAGGCCAGACAAACCCUAUGACAGCAAUGUCUGGCGCAGCUUGACUAACUCCGAUGCCCACCGUCUCCCAGCUGCUGCCAUCCCUCCGCCCUCCUGGAUGGGCCCACACAGCUUCCUGACCUUCAUCAGUGCUACCCCCAUCUUCGUGGACACGAACAGAAAGAACCAAGUGAUUCUGAGGACAGUGAGAGAGCUGAAGGAGGUGGAGAAACUCAAGCUGAGGAGUGAACAAAGGGCCCCUCCACUCGAUGCCCAUGGCAAUAUUCUGCCCCCACCACACUUCAAGAAGUCCCGGUGCGUAUCUACUGGUGGAAGGCUUGAGCCUUGGGGCCACCAGAUCCUACCCAACCCACUUCCCAAUAAUUUCAGCAGGAGCUGGCCCUGUCCCAAUCCUCAGCCUCAUUACCAGGAAAAGGUCCUGAAACUGGCUCGGCUGCCCACUGUGCCCCUGAGCAAAGACCUUGUGAAAGACUACCAAGGCCUGAUAGAGGACCGGGUUGCCAAGCCCCUCCACUACCUGUCCAAGGCAAGACCUCCCAAAACAUCAGAGGAAAAUUGGAAAUGAAGACCUGGAUAUGUCUAAAAGAGCCUCAGGGUACACAGCAGCCUACAUUCCUCAGCAAGAAGCCCCAGGAGGCUGAGGACUCUAGCUUCUACAGAAUAACCUUUGGACCAUCCCCCAGCCUCAUACCACCUCUGUUUCAGGCUCCUAGAGACAUUACUGAAGCUCUGAAUUGUUCUGUGUUUUCCUUGGCGGACUCAUAGUAGUGUGGGAGGAUUGGGGCAGAGAGAGGGGGUAGGGCCGCUGUAUUUCCAGCUCUCAAGAUUAGAAUAAGGAGUGUUGAGGGGUGUGUGUGUGUGUGUGUGUGUGUGUGUGCUGGGGUGAGGAAGAGGUAUGGUAAGAAAUGUGGGUAAGGAAGUGCAGGCUGGGAAUAUAGCUCAGCGGUAGAGUGCUUGCCUAGCAAGAGUGAGGUUCUAUGUUCAAUUCCCAUCACGCUACCAAAAAAAAAAAAAAAGUUGUCUCUACUCCCAGAACCAAUUCACAAUAACACUGGACUUGGUUAGAGGACAGAAAACCUCUUAGGCAAAAAAACAUAACCUCAACGCCAUCUCCUCCAUGGACUACUUGAUAUCUGGACAAAGACCAAACAACUGUUUGUAGAGCAACUAUACAGUAGAUGUAGGACUGCUCGCAGGUCUCCCUGCAGGAUUUGGCCACAGAUAGUGCUGGAGCGUUAGGCCUGAGGAACGCAGCCAUUCCUCAGCAGGGCAAGCGUGGAACAAGUAGAGAUUCAAGAUGAAAGGUGUAGGAGGCACAGAGGUCCUUGUGCUCACAGAUAAGCACUAGGGGAACCAGGAAUGUUGAACACACAGGCUUGUCUCUUCAAAGGGAGAAACAUAACCUGUUUUCUGCCCAGAAGACUGGUUAAUAGCCUUGUGACCUUUGUGCUAUCUGUGUUGCCGAGACAUACCAGAUCCUCCCCAAGACCCUUAUCAUGAACUUGUUUUUCUCAAUCCGUGGAGCCCAUCUUUAUGGAAGAUGUCACUUGUAGUUUACAAAGAGUUUUGAUGUAGUCAUGUCUUAAGCUUUGUUGUACACAUGAGGAUUGAGUUAAUUAGCACCAGAAAAAUUUUCACCAAAUUGUGCUGUGUUUAAAUAUACCUAAAAUAAAC